UGAGACAGUUCCUUCUGGUAUACAGGUUGAAUAUUUAUCAUUCUUAUUCUGUAGCAGUGCCUUACCCAGCUGUCUUUCCUCGUCUGAAGCUCAGAAUUCUUACACUGCAUUCCAGAAGACUUGUUUGUUUCAAGACCGUGUCAAAAGAAAAAUGAGUCAAUUUGAUUAUAACGUUACUGAAGAAGAAUUACUAGCCAUUUAUGAUGAUUUUGUGGAGCCGUGUACUCUGAAACACAGACAAAAGAUUGACAACUUCCUCCAGUUAUUCAUUCACCCCAUAAUUUGCAUUGUUGGUUUUAUCGGCAACACCUUGGUGAUUUUGACGUAUGCCCUCUACAAGCGAACCAAGUCCAUGACGGAUGUGUACCUGUUGAACGUUGCAAUAGCUGAUAUCCUGUUUGUGGUGGCUCUGCCUUUGAUCAUCUAUAGUGAACAGCAUGACUGGGCCAUGGGUAACUGGUCCUGCAAGCUGUUGCGUUGUGUCUACAGCGUCAACUUGUAUAGCGGCAUGUUGCUCCUAGCUUGCAUUAGUGGAGACCGCUACCUCGCAAUCGUGCAGGCCCGCCGGUCGUACCGGCUGCGUUCUAGCACCCUGCUUUACAGCCGUCUCAUCUGCGCAGCUGUCUGGUUACUGGCCUUGGUCCUGUCCCUUCCCACCUUCUUCUUUUAUGAACGUUAUCAGCCCGACCAUGUUGAAUCCAGCCUAUUUAACAGCACACAGGACAGCAAUACCCCAUAUGAGUGCUUUUUUCUAUUUCAUUCGAACGAAACGGCACGCAGGAUGAAAACCAUGGUGCCAAGCUCUCAGAUAGCAGUGGGUUUCUGCUUACCAUUGCUGAUCAUGGGUUUCUGCUACUCCAGUGUCAUCGCCACCCUACUUCGAGCAAAGAACUUUCAAAGACACAAAGCAGUGCGUGUGGUCCUCACUGUGGUGUUUGUGUUUGUGGCCUGCCACAUGCCUUACAAUAUAGCACUGUUAUAUUACACCAUCAACAUGUUCAAUGAGCAGGAAUGCAGCCAUGUGGAAGCUGUAGAGUUGACCAUGAUCAUCACGAAAAGUCUGGCCUACCUGCACUCUUGUCUCAACCCCUUGCUGUAUGCCUUCAUUGGGGUGAACUUCAGAAACCAUUUCCAAAAGAUCUUACAGGACAUCUGGUGCUUGGGGAAGAACUACAUGUCAGCACGGCGGUCCUUACGUGUUACCACUGAAAUGUACAUUUCUUCACGGCGGUCUGUAGAUGGCUUAACAAAUGACAAUGGCACUUCAUUUACAAUGUAAUAGGCUGCAGGAUAAGACAAGCAUUACAUUUUGGCUAUGUCCAAAACCUUAGGCAGAUACCCUUGCUGCCCAGUCAAUAAGGCUUCUAAAGCACCAUAACAUGAUGUCUAAUGAUCUGGAACAAAUGCAAGUGAUCUUUAGAUAUUACCAAAUAAAUAUGUAAUGACUAGAAUUCAAUAGAUAUUGAGCUAUGCGAUAUAAAAAACAAAACAAAUUUCCAUCAACUGCCAGACUGCAUGCACAAAAUUGGACACCUUUAAGCAGCCUUCAAAAAUCGACCACAUGAUGUUUGGAUGUGCCUUGAUGCCGUUCUACCUCUGCUUAUUACCUAUGAAGGAGGCAUUUUUUAGGUUUUGGACACAACUUGUGUUACUGCAUUUGAGUUCAGUGUCCAGAGAACAUCUUUUGCAAAAAUGUAGGACUUCAAUAUAUUUGACUGAGAAAUGAAACCUAUAGACUUUAUUUACAGUAGCGCCAUCUUUGAUUCUAGAUGGUAAUGAAAAGGAGACUUAGGAAAGGGAUAGACUUACCGUCUCUUCAAUUAUAUGCAUUGUAUAAAGCUAUCAAAAGCUCCUAGAUCACCUCUAAUUUUCAACAACUUGUGUUGUCUUGACUUUAUUGUCUAUGAUUUCUUGGAAUUAUAUUUUUUUUCAAUUUCUCAUCAGCAGAAUUAUCCAAAAACACUUAACAACUUUACAACUCAUUGAAGAGACAGUACAAUCUGUACCUCACAGUCUUGUUAUUAGUCAAUAUCAAAGAUGGAGCUGUUGUGAAUAAGGUCUAUUACAUUGAUUAUCUAAACAAAAGUGUGUAAACAUCAGAGAAGAAACUAGACUGACCAUUAACUAUGUAAAAGGUAGGCUAUAGGAAUUAAUUUUGCAAUGGAAGUGCACAGUAUGUAGUACUAAUGCAGUCUUCUUUGUGUACUUUUUAAUUGUUGUAUAUAGAAUUUUCAUGUUGUAUUUUUUUUCUAAUAAAUAAUGCAGAAUAAUAAUAAAAAAUAAGCAAAUAGUGAAAUUAGAACCAGUGCUGCUGCUUAUGUACCCAUGCCCAAAUGAAUCAGUUGAGUCUGCUGAGACCAUUAUGUAAUACCAAAUUUGUUAACCCCCUAAAGGUUUAAGCCUGUGCUGCAAUAAUACAUGAAUAAUUGGAUUUUUGACCUGGUUAACAUUCUGCAAUAAUUUUGGCAUGGUUGUUUUGAAACUCCUCACAAAUGUAUUUAUGUAUUUUUAAAUUGCAAAACAUACACCCACUGAGCACCUUAUUAGGAACAACGUCUUGUCAAUGAGAGCGGUCCACAGAGAAUGGCCAGACUGGUUUGAGCUGACAGAAAGGCCAUAGUAACUGAAAUAACCACUCUGUACAAUUAUAGUGAGGAGAAUAGCAUCUCAGAAUGCACAGCAUAUCGAACCUUGAGGCAAAUGGGCUACAACAGCAGAAGACCAUGUCUGGCACUUUAUUAGGACCGUAGUGUUAAUAAAGUACUCGGUGAGUGUACAUUUUUGUAUUAAAUGUAUUGUAUACAUUUGUACUUUUAAUACAGUUCAAUUGUGUUAAAUGAAUUGGAGAAAUUGGAACGGCCAAUAUGGUGGGUGUAGAAAAGGAAGUCCUGUUUUACAGGUAAAAGGUAUAUUUUUCAGAUACAGACAGUUAUAUCAAGAAUGUAAUGAAAUUAAUUUUUUUGUGAUUUGAGCUAAAGUAGAAGAAUUAAUUUUAUCAUUGUCAAGUUUUACUGCAGAUUUGAAAUAUGUUCUUUGAUUGUAAACUUGACUAACCAUUUUGGAGAUUUCGGUCUUCCCCAUUCAAGCAGAUUGAAACUGUACUUAUGUGCCACUUCUAUCUAUAUCAAAUAGUUGCCCUGAAGCAUUACCAAGAUGGCCACCGAUUGGAUUGACAUGCCAUGAAAGGGACUUGAUAACUUCCUUAUGAAAGGGACUUGAUAACUUCCCCAUUAUUGUUAGAAGACAGAAUAAGUUACACACAGAGGUUUGCCAUACCUUAUGCACUUUGUCUUUAAUUAUUUGUAAUUCUAGAAUUUGAUUACCUUUUGCUCUUCAAUAAAUAAGCAUAGUGAAAUAUCUGAUAUUUAUGAAGGAAGCUCAAUAAAAAAUAAUACAGAUUUUUUUUUCUGUUAUUUUAAAUAGAUAAAUGUUACAGUUCACAGAGGACAAAUGCAAU